GGAUAGGGACAUCCAUCCCCGAACCCUCACAUUUCAGGGCACGCACCGGUCUCCAGCUGCGGGCAGGAAGAAAUGACCACCGACCGGGCAGGAGCGCCGCACGAGUUGUGCUCUGCAGAGCUGGGCACCGGGCAGGACCGUGCCAGCAGAUCCGGGGAAGGGUUUCUGGGUGAGGUUUCCAGCCUGAUGUUGCACCCGAGAGGCUGGCUUUAGAUGGAGCAGCCGAACAUUUGGGGCCCCUGACCCCAGCCCAGCCUUCAUGAAAGGCAGCAAGACCCUACGUUGGCACGAAAGGUAGCAAGUCCUUACACUGGCGUGGAAACCUUCCCUCUGCUCCCAGUUCGGGGUGCUUUUAGGGAAAGCCGGUCCUUCCCCAGGGUGGGCUCCGAUUACAAAACCCUCCGGCGAGGUGGGGCACGAGCUGGAUUCUCCGAGGAUCAUCCUGUGAUCCCUGCUGCCCCUGAAAGCCGAGGGGCAUUCCCAACCCUGAGCAAACUCCCACCCGCCUGCAGCCCCUUGGCCCGGCGCAGCCUCUCCCCACCUCCCUGCAAGCUCCAGGCUGCUUAGCCUUUAACUCCUAUAUUUAGUCCAGCCCCCCUGUGCUAUUUUGACUGCAUGGCAGCCGUGUAUAACUGGUCGGGGCCGCCACGCCUCCUUUUCUGCUUUCUCUGCGGCUUGCCUUCGCUCCCUUUCUUGUUCUCCCCUCUGCCCCCCCUUUCCUGCCAACUGCCCCCAAAAGCAGGAACAAAAGUCCCACCGCCCCUCCAUGCCCGAGCCCCCCGUCCCUCGCCCCCCAAACCCAGAUGAAAGCAGAGCCAAAGUCUCCCUUCCGUGAGCGCCUUUCCUGCCUGUUGUUCACCGCCUCGCUUCUCUCCCCCGCUCGCGAAACUUUGGAGAGCUCGGAGCUGGGAUUAUGGGGCAAGCGGAGGAGCUGGCGCGGAUUGCCAAGAAGCUGGAUAAGAUGGUGUCCAGGAAGAACCUGGAGGGAGCGCUCGAUCUGCUGAAGGAGCUGAACAGCUACACGAUGACCAUCCAGCUGCUGCAGACCACACGGAUCGGGGUGGCUGUCAACUCCAUCCGCAAGCACUGCUCCGACGAGGAGGUGGCGGCCCUGGCAAAGCUGCUCAUCAAGAACUGGAAGCGGCUGCUGGACUCCUCGGGGACCCAGAAGAAAGAGAAGGACUUGGAAAGUCAGAAGGAUAAAAAGGAGAAAGAGAAAAGACUCGACUUUUCCAGCUGGCAGCCCGAAGGAGCCAACUCCCACGGGCUGGAGCCCUGCAAAAGCCCGACCGAGAAGCACAAGAAGAAGCACAAAGAAAGAGACUUGUCUGACCGCAAGGCUCUCGAUGCACUUCCGGGCUCAAAGAAACAUUCAUCGGAGCAGAAGCAGGACAGGAAAUCCAGCAAGCCAGGCUCUCACCCGGUGACCCCAAAGAGCCACUCUAUGGACAGCAAGCACGACAGAGAGUCCGGCGACUCCAGGGGCUCCUCUGCUGCCUCUAAGAAGUCGCCCUCAGACAGCAAGAAGGAGAGGAGAGACUCUGCAGACUCGAAAUCUUCCACCAGCACAGCUGCCUCCUCCUCUUCCACCCCUCCAAAGAGGCUGUCGUUGGAAAGGAGGCCGUCUACAGGCUCCAGCCCGGUUGCUGCUCGGAAGAACUCCAGCGACGGCAAAGAGGAGAGGCAGAACAGCAGCAAAUCCAAACCGGAGACCCCCAAGACACCCACAAGCCCCUCCAGCCCCACGUUCGUCCCUAGCACCUGCCUCCUGGCCUCCUGCUACCUCACAGGAGACUCCAUCCGGGACAAGUGCAUCGAGAUGCUCACAGCUGCCCUGAAGAUGGAUGAUGACUACAAGGAGUUUGGCGUCAACUGUGAGAAGAUGGCUUCGGAAAUCGAAGAUCAUAUCUUCCAGGAGCUGAAGAGCACGGACAUGAAGUACCGCAACCGCGUCCGGAGCAGGAUCAGUAACCUGAAGGACCCCAAGAACCCCAACCUGCGGAGGAACGUGUUGUGCGGAGCCAUCGCGCCCAGCCUCAUUGCUAGGAUGACCGCCGAGGAGAUGGCGAGCGACGAGCUGAAGGAGCUGAGGAAUGCCAUGACCCAGGAAGCCAUCCGGGAGCACCAGAUGGCGAAGACGGGUGGCACCACCACCGACCUCUUCCAGUGCGGCAAGUGCAGGAAGAAGAACUGCACCUACAACCAGGUCCAGACCCGCAGCGCUGACGAGCCCAUGACGACCUUUGUGCUGUGUAACGAGUGUGGGAACCGCUGGAAGUUCUGCUGACAGCACUCGCCUUUGCCGCCGAGCGAUGAGUAAAGAAGAUAGAGCCUGACCAUCAAGGCGAGUGGAGCGUCUUGGACUUGUUCCUUAGGGACUGCCCCCGCCGGCCUCAGGGCCAGAAGGCUUGGGGCAAGAGUGCCGCCCACUAAAAGACUGCUUUUUGGCUGUACAUACUUUGAACGGAGUCAUCCCUUGGAAGCCGUGGGCAGGAAGGGCCUCGUAGACCCUUGUAGCGCAGCUCCGGGAAGGGAGCGCAUGCGUGGAGCGUGGUCACGGUGAAGGCAAGGACUCCGAGGGCUUUGGGGGGGUUUUCCUGCCAUCCUUGACCUCACCGAAAAGAGCCUCGUGGGAUCUGGGCUGCAGGGGGUCCGGGCCUGUCACUUAUGCUCUUCUUGUUCAUUUCCAAGCUUCAGCUGAGCCCUUUUUUAUUGGUAGGAGCUGGAUAAGCCCUGGCUUCCAGCUGCACGCGGGGAAAGCAACUUCCCUUGAGAUACAUGGGGGGUGGGUUGCAAACCCAAGCUCCAGGCACUUUUUGUUUUCAGUGGCUGAGUUUUCCCUGUCCCGGGGACUUGUGCUUGUUUCCCAGAGUCAUCCUGGGUAAGGGAAGCAAGCUUUUCACCUCCUACCCUGCCUCCAGCUAGGAAUAAGCAAAAUCUUCCACGACUGCAGCAAAUGUCUUGUCUAGCAUGAGCCACCCGGGGGCACCGACAGCACAUCACAGCCGGCCCCUGAAUGCAGCGGCUGAGAUGAGCUGGGGUCUUUCCCCGGGUGGAUCUGCUCCAGUCCCGGGGGUCGAGCCUCUGACUUCUGUUCCAAUGAGCCGACGACGGGUACCAGAUGCCAGGAGAUGUGGUUUCAGCUCCGGGAUGCCAUGAGGAGAAGCCGGCUCCGCACCACCGCAAGGGACUCUGCAAGGCAACCCGCCCCGCAGCCAUGCAGAGAAUGACCCUCGCGUGCCAGCACCCCAGCUGCCCCAGUGGGUGCUCUAGAUGACACCCCCGUUGCAUAUUGCUCCCCCUCCCUUUGCUGUGACCUAGGGCUGCAGGGGGGACUUAUCCCCACUCCCAGCCUGGUGACAACAGCUAUGCAGGGGAGGCAGCUUGCAAAAGCCUUGUUUGCAAAGGGGUGUCUACAGGUGUGGUGGGGAGAUGCUAGUCUGCCCACGAGGGUGAUCCUAGCCGUCCGCUGCAAAGCUCCGCUUGCUAACGUAGGCUGGAUUGAAGCACAAAGCUUGUAAACCGUGAAGGAGGGACCGGCCUUUGCUUUGCCUCUCCACCACCUCUCCAGUCCAGCGCACUGGGAAUACCCCAGCAAGGCAGGCCAGCCUCUAUGGGACAGCGCAGAGAUCCUGGUAGCAUUAGACAGACCCUCUUUCUGCACAAAGUGGGUGCCAAGUCAGGCUUAAAUACCCGUGUUGGUGGGUAUCUUUGUCCCAGCAGUGAUGGGAUGUAAUGUAAUGUCUAGCUUGGAUAAAAUAAGCAUUGUCCCUGCUUCCUGGCACCUAGAGCCCCGUCGGAGCUGGGACAGCGGCGCCCCCCCCCCCCCCCCGAGCCACUCAGCUGCUCUUUGCUGUAAAUAAUUGCACCCCUUCUUUGUGGUUGCCUUUGCAUAUCCUAAUGGAGGAAGGGGAGACCCCAGGAGAGCCAGGUAAGGAGCAGGAAUCACAUCGAGGCGGGGAGAGGGCUGACCCUCAUGGGGGGAGACCGGAGCUGCCACCCCCUCCGUUCUCAGGCCUUGCAUGCCAGCUCGCCUUCCUCCUCUCUCCAUCAGCCAGGUGCCCUCUCCCAUAUGCCGCGUGUGGACUGCCCCUCUGGCUUUCUCCAACUAUAUCCUGGGGGAAAAAACGAGGGAGAAAAUCUUUAGCCUUUGAGCAAUAAAAGUAUACCGAGCACCUGC